AUGUCCGUUUUCUUGCACAAUAACCAUUUAAACGCGGCUGAAGACGAUUUUCUUUAUCAUUUUGGCUUUGGAAAAUACACGAAAGAUCUCGCUCAGUUCGCUGAUGUGAAAUUUGUUUGCACGGGCGGAUCAGCACAUCGAUUCGAGCUAUAUGCAAAGCUUUUCUCAAAAGAAACCGCUCUCCCAUGCUCGGAGAAUCUCGCACUCUCCGAUCGUUACGUUGUGUACAAAACGGGACCGGUUUUAUGGAUAAAUCAUGGAAUCGGUGCCCCAUCGCUGUCGAUUAUGCUUAAUGAGACACUGAAAAUGCUCGCCUACGCCGGUGCUAAAGACGUUUCGUUUAUUCGAUUGGGAACAAGCGGUGGAGUUGGUGUGGCCCCGGGUACAGUCGUGAUCUCGGAUGGAGCGAUAAAUGGAGAGCUCAAGCAGAAAUAUGUUCAAUGGAUUGCCGGUGAAAGGGUUGAACGGGAAACCCAUUUGGAUGAGGGAAUGAGAGCCGAGUUGGCUCAAUCGGCCGCUCAUCUCGACAUCCCGCACGCUCAAGGCAAAACCCUGUGCGCUGAUGAUUUCUAUGAGGGUCAAAUGCGACUUGAUGGCUUCUUCUGCAACUACGAGAGUGAGGACAAGUUCGACUUUUUGCGUAAAUUGCAAUCGCUUGGCGUUCGGAAUAUUGAGAUGGAGAGCACGUGCUUUUCCGCGACUUUGUUAAGAGCCGGAGUGAAAGGAGCAAUCUGUUGUGUGACUUUGUUGAAUCGAAUGGAUGGAGAUCAGGUGAAAUUGGACAAAGACACGUAUCUUGAGUUCGAAAUGCGACCAUUCCGCGUUGUCACCGCCUAUAUUCGGAAACAAAUCGAUGCC